GAGACGCGGUCGCUUCAGUGCGCCUCACAUCCGCGCGAGGUCAAGAGCGUCUGUCGUGCUAGCGAUACACGCUGACACACAGUCUCCACGGUCCGCGAACUACGCUCGCGUUCGUUUCCGCGCACAUUUCGCGUCACACGACGCUGAGCACGCGAAACGCUCCCCCGUUGGAUCGUAGCAGCCGCCCUGGUCCGCCACGUUGGGGGGCUCAACAGACACCGUCUCCGAGAAGGUCGCGGCGGCGCGCACCAUGCUCGCGAGUAUUAAGGGAUUCUGGAAGGUGUAUCGCUAUGGGGACCUCUACAUGGUCCUAGCGGCGUUGGCAGCGCAGUCCAUCAACAUCUCGGUGGGGUUCUGCCAGGGCUUCUCCGCUGUGCUGCUCCCCCAGUACACGCUAGAGCAUCCCGCCCUCACCUUCGAGCAGAGCUCAUGGAUCGCGAGCUUGGGUGUGAUCUCCAACCCGGCGGGCGCGCUGCUGGGCGGGUUACUGGUGGAUGCGGUGGGGCGGCGCCUGAUGCUGCAGUCCGUGCUGCUGCCCAACCUGCUAGGCUGGCUGGUCAUAGCCUUCUCCGAGUCCUACGUGUUCCUCUGUGUGGGCCGCUUCAUCACAGGCUUUACCAUCGGAAUGUCGACCGCCUCUUACAUUUAUGUCGCGGAGAUCACGACCCCCGAGCGGCGCGGCGUGUUGAGCGCCCUGGGCCCCGGUCUGGUCUCCACCGGGAUAUUCAUCGUCUACUCGCUGGGAGCGGUAGUCCACUGGCGCAAAGUGGCAGCGAUCUGCGCCGGCGUGUCGCUACUCACACCCUUCCUCAUGUACUUCGUGCCCGAGUCACCGCUGUGGCUCGCCUCCAAGGGUCGCAUGAAGGAGGCGUACGCCGCCAUGUUCUGGCUAAGACAGAACAACAACACGGCGCAGCAGGAGCUCGUUGAGUUCACCAAGGGCAGGAGCGGUAACGAAAUGACCCUCCGACAGAAGCUCAGCCUCUUCAAGCGCAGGAGCGUGCUGAAGCCGUUCGCGCUACUUAUGGGAUUCUUCCUUUUCCAAGAGCUGUCCGGUAUAUACGUGAUCUUGUACUACGCCGUGGACUUCUUCAAGUCGGUGGGCACGAGUGUCAACGAGUUCACGGCGUCCGUGAUCGUGGGUGGCGUGCGCGUGCUGAUGGGUGCAGCGGGCGCCUGCCUCAUCAACAGUUUCCGGCGGCGCGCGCUGGCCGCGACCAGCGGGCUACUGCUGGGAGCCGCCAUGCUGGGUGCAGCCGUCUGCGACUCACUCGACGGGCCGCCGCUGGCCAAACUCGCAUGCGUGCUGCUGCAUGUCAGCUUCAGUAUGGUGGGCUUCCUGCAGCUGCCGUGGAUCAUGUCUGGUGAGCUCUACCCGCAGGACAUCCGCGGCCUCAUGUCCGGCGCCACCGCCUGCUGCGCGUACCUACUCAUCUUCUUGAACAUCAAGACCUACCCUCAGUUGGAGUACUAUCUGACGAGCAACGGCACUCUAUAUCUGUUCGGUAUCUGUGCACUCUUCGGAGCAGCCUAUUGCUUCUUGUUCCUACCGGAGACUAAAGGCAAGACCUUAGCCGAGAUUAUGAAACAGUUCGACGAGGAGAAGAAAGAGGCGGAUCCAGAGACAGGCUACGAGAAGAAGCCGAGCGCGAUGGACGCGAGGGAGGUUUCCCCCGAGCGAUGUCGAGAGGUGUACCGACAGAGCUGCGAUAUGGACCAUAAAUAGACACAAAGACUGCAGAGCGCCGCUCGUUGUAAUUGACGUAUCCUGGUACCUUUCGGCCACCGACUGCUGAUGUUAUAAAACGUUAGUUAAUAUAUUAGGUUUAAGCUAGUAAUCUAACAGAAGCACGCGGAACGAGGGAGACGGGUGGAGCCAAAGAGGUGCGAGUGAGUGAGAAUGAGAACCUGUCUCUCUCGGGUGGCGUGUGCGUGUGCGGAGUGACCCGCUGUUCGGUUCUGUUAGAGCUGCAACUUGCAGCGGGACGCGAUCAGUAUUAUAUUACAUACGUAGAGUAUAUUGUUUGUUGUGUUGUUGUGUAGUUGUACGUAAUAUUUUUACAAGUAGACAGUAAACAUUCCAUUGUGAUAGCGACUGCGUAUAUUAUGUAUACAUUGACGUUUAUAUUACUAUAAUAUAUUAAUAACUAUGAGACAAUAAGUUUAACGAUGCCUUUACUUGUAAGUUUUAUAAUUUAAUAUUUUUAUAUGUCGUACAAAGAAAAUGUGAUGUGAGCUGUGAGAGAUUGUGAUGUAGAUGUAAAUUAUUAUAAUAUAAUAUUCCUAAGUAGAUAGAGUUUGUUAAGUAGAUGCGUCCGUUCGGAAUAAAUCAGGUAAAGACACAAGUGUACUGUUUCACUGGUGCUGUUAAUGAUCGAAGACUGUGAUUAUAACAAUAAUUCUAUUGUGAACUUAAAUUAAAUUUGAUCUUGUUUUCAA